UUGCACUGUCCUCUUUUUUCCCCUCCCUUUGGAUGGGCCUGUAUUAUUAUUAUUAUUGUUAUUAUUUCCUCCCCCUUGGCUCGCUUGCUUUUCCUCACCUUUCCCCUCCCCAAAGUGUAUACUGCUCCAAACCUAGAGAUACAUAGUUCCCAAACAGAAAGCAAAAGAAGAAGCAAAAGGACCUUGGCUGGAGCGAGCGAGAGAGUUCCUUCCUCCAGGGAUUUAAUUGCAUCGUUUUGUAUCGUUUUGUAUCCUUUCCUGGGGCUUUCCCCUUUCUUUCAUGACAAGGACUAAAAGAACCUCUCCAGGAAAGAGGCUCCAGGGGGGUGCUUUACGUGUUUUGUUGGACGGAGGAGGAGGAAGGAGCAGCACCAGCAGCAACACCAUGGAUGUCUUGGCUAGCUAUAGCAUAUUCCAGGAACUGCAGCUGGUCCACGACACCGGCUACUUCUCCGCCUUGCCAUCCCUGGAAGAGAACUGGCAGCAGACAUGCCUUGAGCUAGAACGCUAUCUUCAGACAGAGCCCAGGAAGAUCUCAGAAAGCUUCGGAGAGGACUUGGAGUGUUUUCUUCAUUCCUCCUCAUCUCCGGGCACAGAAGACUGUAUCCAGCGACUGGAGCCCCUCCUAUUACCAAUAGAUACGAGUACUUGUGAGAAAAAUGCCAACAUGGACGUUAUCCUCUCCCGGGACAAACUAUUGUCUGAGACUUGCCUCAGCUUACAGCCUACCAGCUCUUCUACAGAGGGCUAUACUGCCGUUAACCAGGCCCAACUCAACGCCGUGACCUCAUUAACGCCUCCUUCCUCACCUGAACUCAGUCGUCAUCUGGUAAAAACCUCACAAAGUGUCUCUGCUGGGGAUGGCACAGUUACCCUAAAAUUGGUGGCAAAAAAGUCUGCCCUCAGCUCCGUAAAGGUUGGUGUGGUAGCGCCAGCUAGCACAACAAAGUGCGCACUCAGUGACAGUGAGCAAGGAGGGACAGGGGUUGAUGCAUCCCCAGAAAACAAGAAGAGGGUUCAUCGCUGUCAAUUUAAUGGGUGCCGGAAGGUUUAUACAAAGAGCUCACACUUAAAAGCGCACCAGAGGACUCACACAGGUGAGAAGCCUUACAAAUGUUCAUGGGAAGGGUGUGAGUGGCGUUUUGCGCGAAGUGAUGAGCUCACACGGCAUUACAGGAAACACACAGGGGCCAAGCCCUUUAAGUGCAACCAUUGUGACAGGUGUUUUUCAAGAUCUGAUCACCUUGCCCUCCAUAUGAAGAGACACAUCUGAAUCACUGAGCUCACGGAGUAUGGACCAGAUGCAGUCAGACUGAAGCGUCAUGGGGGAAUGGAUGGAACAGAAUUCUCUGUCUCUUGCCACCAUUCAGGAGAAGAUAACUUGAUCACAUGUUAACCUCUGUACACAAAACGUGCACUAAAUGCUGUUCUGCAACCAAAUCUACUUAAUUACAUAUGUCUGUUCUCAAUGCCUUGCUUGUUUGGAAGGCAGAAGACAUGUGAGAGGAAAAGGAUUGCAGAAGGAAAUGGUGAGACACACAUUUGCUUGCAACACAAUACGGGAUUCUCACGUUUUCAUUCCCUGUUUUUUGCCAAUGGAAAUCAAAGUAGAAGGAAGAGGAUUUAAUGCAGGUGAACAGCAGCAGAAGCAUUUAUAACUUGCUUCUCAGUGCAUCUUGAGGAGAUGAGACAUGAUGUUGAAAUUGCAUAUUUGUAGCACUAACUUUUCUUUUAAAAUAUACUUCAGAGGGGAAAUUAAUGACCUAGAAAAACCAAAUCCCAGUUUGGUAGCCAAAACGUUCAUGUUUUGGUUCCUUUCUGUUUUUGUUUUUGAGAAUCCCACAUGUACAAUGAUGUAUCAAGACUCCUCAAGAACAGUUUUAUCUACUCCAGUUCUUCAUAGAAUUUGACUUGUCAAGAUCUGUUUAGGACAAAAUACCAAUGGCCUUAAUUGGCACUAGACUGUGCAGUGACAUCUGGAACACGCUUACCACUUUCCUUGCUUGAACUGAUGUAAACUUUGUCAAGGAUAUCUAUUUUCUUUAUUUUAUUCUGUUCCUUAAAUUUUGAUAUUUGUUUAUUGCACAUCAUGUGCACUAGGGGACUAGGAAGCCUGCUAAUGUGAUUUCACAGUGCUUGGCCAGUGAAGUCCUGAGCAACACCACAGUAUAUCGUUGGAGGCAUCACCAUAUUGCCAUAGUUCAGACUUCCUAUUUAAUUGCCUAAUGAAAACUUGAAAAAAAAGCUUGUUUGGAAGCUUUGAACCCUUUUCUCUAUGUUCCUCAGAACUCUUGUAACACACCUGGAUAUCUGUCUUGGAUUCUAUCACUCAGGCAUGACUUCAGGUUUUCCUUCUGCACCAAUGGGAGGCAUGCUUGUUGCAACCCACAUUGAUUGGUUUGCAGCUCUGGUCACUUGUUCUUGCUAGCCCUUUUAUCCAUUGGUAACUUCCUUGUGUGACUGGCACCUGCAAAAUAUAAAUUGUGGGAUUGGGCAGAUUUUUUGAAAUUUUACUAUGAUCAUGAGUGGAAAAGUGAGAACCCCUUCCAGUUAAAAAUUAGUACUAUUAAGCAUUCUGCUUUAAAAAUUGCCCACCUUGCCAAGGUUCUCCUCCUCUAUUUAUCAAGAUGGUAUAAUGUUCCUACUCUUCUAACUUCUACAGUUGAAGGAAAGGGGUUGGUGGUAAAAGAAAAAUUUGGAUGAGCACUGAUCUUCUUUCUAAAGCAAAAAUGCAUGGGUCCACUUUGACCAGCUGUACCACUUAGUAAUCAAUGGAGGCAUCAGCCUCACUUUUGAAUCUUGUAGAUAAUUUGACAGUUGUAGUUCAAAUUGGAUUAAUUUCCCUUUACUGCAAACACACACACAACUUCUACCUUUAUAUACAUAAUGUCUAUUUCUAGCUAGUUGGAACUGGCACUGAUUCCAAAGACUGCCUUUUCAAACUCUCUAUCAUGCAGGUGGAGAGCUAGUCAUUGGGAAUGGUUGUGUAUAGUUAAUAAUGUGGGAUCAUCCCUCAUGAGAUGAGAUGAGAAGUGAAACAGCAUGUGAUUCUCCCUUGGUUGCUGCUCUUCCACUCACGAAACUAGCUCACUGCCCGCCUUCUGACUGUUUUUUGACUUGCUGACUGUUCAGUAAUUUCCUAAUUUAUGUUUAGGAUGCAAAAACUCUAAAAAGUCUUUUUAAAAUAUACGUACAUAUCUAUAUAUAUAUAUCUAUAUAUACACACAUACACACACGCACACAAGAUAUCUAAAAUUGUUUAAUGUAAGUACAAACACAGGAAUUCUUAGCACUUGCCUUCUUUCCAUCCUUAAUUUCACCAAACUACUAAAUUUUUCAACCACUCCUUUUGGGGAUCAGAGUUCCUGGGGCACACUGUGACUGUCAGUGGCCAUUUGUGCUGCAAAUACAAGGUCUGGCCCUUAACAGUGGUAAAGAAACAGACCAAACUAAUGAACCAUCCCUGCAAGGGCAGUGAGCAUUUAAGAACAAGAGAGAGAUCUAAGUUUUAUUCCAAAGAGUUAUGGUUAACAAUGAUUUAGAAAAUAUUGGAGCACUGUUUGCUGACAAUCUUGUAAUUCUCUGUAUCUGUGUUUGCAUAUUUUCUACUCUACCCAAGUGUUCAGUGGGUUUCUUGAAGGCUUUCUGCCUUGGGGAUUUGAAUAUUAUAUGGCAGUUUUGGAAUAUCAACUGAAGGAGAUGCUAGAACAUAUAAGUGUGAAAAAUCUAUACUGUCCAUGAAAUUGUUCUUGUGGUAUCCUACAUAAUGUGCAUACAUACUUGUCAUGACAAUAGUCCUUGGGUAAUAUCCAUGAAUGUCAUCACCUGAAAUGUGGUUUAACUUUGUUGUCUCUAGUAUUCUUAGAGCUCAUCUACAGAGGUUGGUUAAUAUUUUAUUGUAAGCCUAUAUUUUAAAUCUAAAAGCAGGUGGGAAUGAAAAGCUAGAGGAACAAAAAGGCACAAUUUUGCUUUACCUCCUGUUGCCAUUUAUGUUCUUUCUAGUUUCUCUACUAAGUAUAGUAGAAUAGGAAAUCAUUAAUAACGGUUAGAUAGCUGGAAAGCCUUUCUUUAUGCAAGACACAGCAAAAUUUAUAUUGAUGUGCACUGUUGUUCAAAGUAGGCCUGUAUCAUAAGAAUCAGAAAUGCCUAUACUGUCCCUUUGUCUCUUUCCAGUGACUUCUCAGAAUUAAUGGGAGAAUGAUAUCCAGUUAUGUGGAAAUAAGACUAGUUAAAAUAAAUAUGGCAUGCUCCUCAGUAAAUAUGAAAAUAUGAUCUAUCCACAGAACAUAAAAGCCACUGUUGCUCUGUAGUGACAAAGGGGAAAAGAAACCAAUACCUUUAAUGGCAGGCAUUACAAAAUAGUGAUUGUGGCAGCUUGGUAUGUACCUGUGAAUAGGCCAAGAGAACACAGCAUGGUGUGUGUUAUCUGGGGCUGACACAUGGCGCUGCUGGCCAGUCAGCUGCUGCACUCCAUGCUUUCACUGCUGUUUUGCUAUACUUAACCAGUAAGGCUAUCAGCUCCCCUUCUUCUCUUGAUCAGCAUUUGGCAUUGGCACAUUCAUACUCCUCAUUUGCCACUGAUAGGAUCAGUUUGCAAUCCUCAUUGUACUAAGAGGUAAAUCCCAUGGAAGUCAGUAGGACUUACCUUCUGAGCAAACAUGUUCAGGAUUGCAUUGCAAGAUGUGCACAUAAUUUCCCUCUUAGUAUUGAGCUUUUUGGCUUAACCAUUAACAGAAAGAAAAAUCAUGUGUGAUGAACAUGCUAUAACAAUAAAUUUCCUAUCACAUAUCCCAAAGAACCUGAAGAGAAAGUCUGUAAAUACUACAAGAACCUAAUUUCACCACUGAUUUCAUCUCAUCCUGGCUCUCAUUCUCCUGUACAUUUUUCAAGGAGAGGAUUUUCUUACAUUAAACAGUAAUGGUAAAUUUCUAAAGGCCUGUAGGCUGAACUUGAUUCAAUAACCCUAGAGGGAGGAUAGCUUGCAAAUAAGAGAAGUACUUGGAAAACUUACUUUUUUGGACUCUGAUUUCCCAAACAUCUCACUAAUCAGCAUUCUGGGGGAUUCAGGGAGUCAUUCAAAAAAGUAUUAUUAGGCCCCAUACAGACAGGUCAAAAUAAAGCUGCUUUGGGACACUUUGGAGGUAUG